GCGGCGCUGCGCGGGCAGCCCGCGGGCGCCUGCGGGCCGUGGGACAUGCGCGACCGCCUGGGCACGGGCGGCUUCGGCAACGUGUGUCUCUACCAGCACCAGGACUCGGGCGCCAGGGUGGCCGUCAAGUCCUGCCGGCUGGAGCUCAGCGUCAAGAACAAGGAGCGCUGGUGCCACGAGAUCGACAUCAUGAAGAAGUUGAACCAUCCCAACGUGGUAAAAGCCUGUGAAGUCCCCGAGGAGAUGAACUUCCUCGUGAACGACGUUCCCCUGCUAGCAAUGGAGUAUUGCUCSGGGGGCGACCUCCGCAAGGUAAGCUCUGCCCUGCCUCGACAAGGCGCCAGCUUUCCCAGCUCUCUUGUCCUGACGUUGCUCAUCCGGUCUGGUAUUCAGUAUUUGCAUGAGAACAGAAUUAUACACAGAGAUUUAAAGCCUGAAAAUAUUGUUCUUCAGGAUGAAGGUGGGAAGGUGGUGCACAAGAUCAUAGACCUGGGGUAUGCCAAGGAUCUGGAUCAAGGAAGCUUGUGCACGUCGUUUGUUGGAACGUUGCAAUAUCUGGCGCCAGAGCUCUUUGAGAACAAAUCCUACUCCGUUACAGUCGAUUACUGGAGCUUCGGGACGAUGGUGUUCGAGUGCAUCGCGGGCUUUAGACCCUUCCUGCACAACCUGCAGCCGUUCACCUGGCACGAGAAGAUCAAGAAGAAGGACCCAAAGCACAUCUUUGCUUCGGAAGAGAUGAACGGGGAGGUGCGAUUCAGUGCCCACUUGCCGCAGCCCCACAGCCUCUGCGGUUUAAUUGUAGAGCCCAUGGAAAGCUGGCUGCAGCUGAUGCUGACCUGGGAUCCGCAGCWGAGGGGCGGAGGCGUCGAGCCCGAAACCGGCCGUCCCAAGUGUUUCCUCAUCAUGGAUCACAUCCUCAACCUGAAGAUAGUUCACAUCCUAAACAUGACCUCUGCAAAGAUCCUCUCGUUCCUCUUGCACCCCGAGGAGAGCCUUCACUCGCUUCAGAUGCGCAUCGAGUACGAAACGGGAAUAACCACCGGCAACCAGGAGCUGCUGCUGGAGACGGGGAUUUGCCUGGACCCCCGGAAACCCGCCUCCCAAUGCGUUAUCGAGGGUGUAAGAGGCUGGGAUAGCUACAUGGUGUAUUUGUUUGAUAAAAGCAGAACCGUCUACGAGGGCCCCUUUGCAUCUCGAAGUCUGUCUGACUGUGUAAACUACAUUGUCCAGGACAGUAAAGUGCAGCUGCCCGUGUCCCAGCUGCGCAAGGUGUGGGCGGAGGCCGUGCACUACGUGAUCGGGCUCAAGGAAGACUACGGCCGCCUCUUCCAAGGCCAGAGAGCCGCCAUGCUGAGUCUCCUUCGAUACAACGCCAACCUGAUCAAAAUGAAGAACAACAUGGUGUCGGCGUCUCAGCAGCUGAAGGCAAAGCUGGAGUUCUUUCAUCAGAGCAUCCACCUCGACCUGGAGAGAUACAGCGACCAGAUGGCUUAUGGCAUCUCUUCAGAGAAGAUGCUCAAAGCCUGGAAGGAGAUGGAAGAGAAGGCCUCUCAGUGUGCACAGGCUGAAGAUAUUGGCUAUCUAGACGAGCAGAUCAUGGCUCUGCACACRGAGAUCGUCGAGCUGCAGAAGAGUCCGUACGCGAGGCGCCAAGGAGAGGUCAUGGAGAACUUGGAACAGAGAGCCAUMGACCUGUACAAGCAAUUAAAAACGAGGCCUCCAGAUCAUGCCUACAGCGACAGCACGGAUAUGGUGAAGAUCAUUGUGCAAACAGUGCAGAGCCAAGACCGAGUUCUCAAGGAGCUCUUUGGUCAUCUCAGCAAGCUGCUGGGCUGUAAGCAGAAGAUUAUCGACUUGCUGCCAAAGAUUGAGGUCGCUCUGAAUAGCAUCAAGGAAGCCGACAACUCGGUGAUGCAGAUGCAGGGCAAAAGGCAAAGGGAAAUAUGGCACUUGCUGAAAAUCGCCUGUACUCAGAGCUCUUCCCGAUCGCUGGUAAGUGCCAGUCUGGAAGGGACAGCAUCGAGUGCAGCAGCCACGUGGCUCCCCCAGAGCUCAGCAGGCCAUGUCGCUCAUCCUCUUUCAUCCAUGGCAGCUGCUGAAGAUGGGGAAACGUUUGCCCAUGUGAUAGAGGAGAAUCUAAAUUAUCUUGACCUCUUCAGCAGUAUUUUGCAGGAGGCGAGACAGGAGCAAAGCAACAGCAUGAUGGUAAGUCUGCUGACUGUAAUUCCGAGGACCAGGAUUUUUUAAAGAGUCGUAAUGGGGUCCUCAGGGGGUGUAAAGAACUCCUGAAACAGGGUUAUUUGUGGUAAGCCGUUGUGAAAGGCAUACGAGGUCUCUCACCACCSCCCAACCAGGACUCUCCUAACAAACUGGUCCUUCUCGAAAGUAGCACCUGGGAAAAUAAAGUUGGCUGAGGGGUCYUCAUGAUGGGUUGGGCUGCUCUUUUUUGGGACCUUUCUCGGCAAACUGCUCAUGCCUUCAACUAGAAGGUUCUCCCUUGGAUCCUGGCACUGAAGUGGGAAGAGUCCUCCACUUC